UGUCCCACCACCCCUGGAAAUCUUCACGAUGCUACAGCUUCCCUUCUCGUUUUUCUCCGCUUCCAGACUGUCAUCUACGGAAGAACGUUCGACACGCUACAUGGUUCACCUUGUCAACUAUCUCGCCCGUCGAUCACAACCAAGUAUAAGUCUUCAAGCAAAGAUUAUCGAUCUUAGGUCUAACUCUCUGGGCAAGCAUUUAGACAAUGAUGUAGGCAAGCACGGUUGCAAGGGUUGGAAGCGGUCACGGUGCCUCCUCUGCGGCGAUGGUACAAGCGCAAGCUUCCGGGGUCGGGGCGAGCUCACGAGGCAUUGUCGGAAAAUCCACGUUACAUACGGUACAUUCGAUCGGCCUUUCCCAUGUCCAGAGUGCGUUCUUGAGGGGCUAGAGGAGACGACAAUUGAAGGAGGCGUAUCCGCAUGGAGCCAUCACGUCGAGGAAGUCCACGGAACGUAUCACACGCCUUAUCUACCUUCCGAUCAGUCAUCACCAGAGAGCUCCUCACGGUGUCUGUUCUGUGACAAGACUUUCACCCGACGGGGCCUUCAACGACACAUCAAGCCAACCCACAUUCGGAAGGAGGCCGUCUUUCAGAAGCCCUUCUCAUGCCCCGAAUGUCAUCGCCAGGGAAAGAAUGAGAUUACGAUCGAUGGCGAGGAAGAGUGGGAUCGCCAUGUGGAACUGUGUCAUGGCCAGCCUGCGGAGGAAACUUGUGGAAUUCUCCACGGCAGGAAGAGAAGGAAGGAUGAGGACGAUGUGGAUGAUGUCUUGGAGACUGAAUUUGCAGCCGUCACUGUCGAUGGUGCUGCUGCUGGUGAAUGGAUCCCUAGUGAUGAGGAAUGGAUAACUGAUGAUGAGGAGUGGUCAGACGAUGCGAUAUCGGAUAUCGCGAUCACCACGCCAGACUUUUCUAUCGACUCGACAUCUUCUGGCUCGCAAAGUCCAAAGACUCCUGGCACCGCAAGUUUGACUUCUAUUAAGUCUUCUGACAUCUUUGACGAUAUCUACAGCUUAGAUUCUCGCAUUUUAGCAGACGAAUCAGACAAGGGGUGGAAACGGAUAAAGGUGCAUGAGAAGCCGCCCACUUUCGAUGUCGGAGAAAUCUUUGAGGUUCCCCUUCAAGUCCACUUAGCUCAAGGGUUGGCAGUUGGUGUGGUAGUGUAAUGAUGCCAAAUAUCAGUAAUCUGGAUCAGCAUGUAAUAUAUGGGGCGGAUAUGGUAACCGAAAAGCUUACUAUGCAGAAAGAAGGGGUUCAGAAAUGGAACUUGAG